CAAACAUGGCCGCGAAAUCUGAUGGUGCACCCGUCUCUCUACGAAACGAAAUCCCACCCGAGUGUCCCUCCAGGUCGGACCCGCGGCCCCCGCAGCACCGCCCAGCCGAGCAGCGCUACUCGCUGCCGGACUGCUGCUGGACGCUGUGCGCCCUUUUGGUGUUCUUCUCGGACGGGGCCUCAGACCUGUGGCUGGCCGCGGACUACUACCUCCGGAGGUCCUACUGGUGCUUUGCGCUGACUCUGGUCUUUGUGAUCAUUCCGUCCGUGGUCGUGCAAGUGUUGAGCUUCCGAUGGUUCGCCUACGAUUUCUCGGAAACCGUCGAGAGCGGCACGGCCGCGGCCGCCGUGGUGGGGGCGUCGGUAGCGGAGGAGAGCGACUUCAGCACCAAGGACAGCGGCGAGCGGGGCGCUGGCCGCUCUGCGGAGGCCGGGGUGCUGCCCGGGCCGGGCACCGGGGGAGGAGCCCGGGGCUGCUGCAGAGCCUUCAUAUGGCUCCUCCAGGCCACCAUUCACAUCUUUCAGCUGGCACAGGUCUGGAGGUAUGUCCACGCCCUGUAUUUGGGUGCGCAGAGCCGCUGGCACAGAGACCCCGAGCGCCGACACUACUACUGGCGCAUGAUGUUUGAGAGCGCCGAUAUCAGCAUGCUGCGUCUGCUUGAGUCCUUCCUGAAGAGCGCCCCUCAGCUGGUGCUGCAGCUCAGCAUCAUGAUCCAGGCCAAGCAGGUGCUGCCCCUUCAGGGGCUUUCCGCUUCUGCCUCACUGGUAUCCCUCUCUUGGGUGGUCGCCUCCUAUCAGAAAGCUCUGAGGGACUCCCGGGACGAUAAGCUACCCAUGACCUACAAGGCCGUCAUCGUUCAGAUUCUGUGGCACCUGUUUGCCAUCGGCGCUCGCACUCUGGCCUUUGCCCUGUUUGCCUCUGUGUUCCAGCUUUACUUUGGCAUCUUCAUCAUGGCCCAUUGGUGCAUCAUGACCUUUUGGAUCAUUCAAGGCGAGACGGACUUCUGCAUGUCCAAAUGGGAGGAGAUUAUCUAUAACAUGAUGGUGGGCAUCGUGUAUGUUUUCUGCUGGUUCAGUGUUCGAGAGGGACGCACUCGCUGCAGGAUGCUCAUCUACAGCCUGACCGUGUUCGCUGAGAACGUGGCGCUCACCGCUGCCUGGUAUUUGUACCGCGACACUCGUACCCCGGACUUCUACGCCGUCAUCAUGGUGUGCGUGGUGGCCAGCAGCUACGCUCUGGGCACCUUCUUCAUGUUUGUGUAUUACUGUCUGCUGCACCCUGACGGCCCGGUCUCAGGGUGGGCUUAUAUUGUGGAGAAGGAGGUGCCUCUGGAGACGCUGGCCUCCCCAGCUACCAGCCUCCCCCCUGACGUGGUGAGCAGCCCCCCCAGAACCCUUCAGAGAACUAAAGGGUCGGAAAGAGAGCAAGGGUCCGGGGUGGAUGGAGACGUGUUUCAGGUACGACCGCUUCGGGGAGCUCAGGCCCCAGUGCCCAACCGAACACCCAGGACAGAGGGGCCCGUCAUCCGCAUAGACCUGCCCAGGAAGAAGUACCCUGCCUGGGAUGCUCACUUCAUCGACCGCCGGCUGCGUAAAACCAUCCUGGUGCUCGAAAGCGCCGCCCCGGUCACGCCAAGGAUUCAGUACCGCUGUCUGGGCACACCCAAAGAAGUGAUGGAGUACGAGACCACCGUGUGAUGUGCCCGGAAGGGGCUGUAACUCAGCUCGAGCCGUGUGGACACCUUGCCUUAAAUCCAAAGGCAGGUGGAUGACUCUCACUGAGCAGUCUGUUUCGGCUCCGCGCCGACUUGAUUGCUCUCCGCGUUGCCAGUCAGCGGAGACAAACAGGUGUGAGAGUGUGGUGUCUUUCUUCUCUCUUUUUUUUACGAAGGCAAAGUGCUGUGAUGUUGUGUAAUGAUGGCGCAUAUUUCGGUUUCUGUAUCAUUUCUCAGGUCAGGGUGUGGUUCAGGAAGAGGUUGACGUGAGCAGCAAACCCGCUGUCCAGUGAAGUUAGAGAGAAUCACAGGUAGGCAGAGAAGUGGAGCUGGUUAUCAAUCAGAGGCCCAAAGUCCUCCUCAGUGAAAGUGCUCCAGCGCAUCCUCUCAAGGCGGUCAUCAACAGAGACGAGCCUUCAACAUGCAUGAUUAUUUAUGGCAGCUAGAAAUGAAACAUCAUUGAACAAGACGUAGAAGGGUGAGAGGCAUUUAAAAGACGGCGAACUCGCCUUGUAAUUUUAAACACAAUCUACAAUAAAUGUAUCACAGGCUUCUGAAGAUCAUAAACAUAAUUGUCAAUAGCUACUCACUCAUGUUGAAGGAUUCUCUGAAAAUGCUGAAUGUAAAAAGAGUUGAAAAUGUGAUUAUUUGUGACAAGGCUUUAAGCAUUGUUAUGCUGUUAGUAGGAUUGACAACAUUCCUGUGGUACAACAUUUUUUGUGUGUGUUUUUUUUAGGUUAGCUUGAACAAAAAAGAGAUUUGUGUGUUUACAAGCAAUCUGUUGUUUUUGGGACACGCCAUCACGAUUAUUCCAAUAUGAUGCACCUUCAUUCAGAAUGUGUACUGAUCAAAAGCUACAUGAUGGUUUACAUUUACAGGAUGUAUUCUGAUAGGACUCUCAACAAAUGUAUUUUCAUACUGCAUCUGUCUUACACAGCAAAGGAAACCGGACAUUACGUUACAUGUAAAUUAAACUGUAUAAUGAAGAGGAAGUUACCGAGGGACAGCAGUGUCUGUAAUAAUACGGUGUCCACACUUUGUUGUCUGAAUAAUGUAGAGAGAAAAAAAAGAGCUGCAGAUUCGGAAUAUCAUUGAUAUUAUUGAUGGUACAGGCAUGUGAAACUUGUGGUAACAUUUUUAUUUUACAGGAUCUGUAAUUUCCUUUUAAUUUUCUCAAAAUAUUCCAAGAAAUACGUUUUUACUUGGAUAUGAGUUUAAUUGAACAUAGAGACAGAAUUUGAGCAGUUCAUUUCCAGAGGAAUUUCCAUGAAAGAACUGCUCUAUUUAAAGCCCACAAUAAUUUAUUCAUCAUCCACUAAUUAUUGGAAACUUAAUUCUUCAUAUAUAAUUAAUUGAAUACUCACCAUACGCAACACAUUACACUUGUCUGACCUGCUGUGGAGUCAAGGUCACACUAGUUUUGCAUUUAAUAAUGUAUUAUUUGGUAUUUAUAUACCUAGAAUGUGUGCAAAAUAUCAGUUUCCAGGAACCUUCCUAUGAAAUUAUUAAGAAUUAAUGGUCCUGUAAAACAAAGCGAUACCGUACUUUAUUUUAUCAGGCUGGUUUUUGUAUAGAGCAGUCACAAGAAGGAAUAUUCUGACAUGUGUGUGUGCAGUUUGUGUGUUUGUGUGUGUUUGUGUGUAUGUGUGUGAGCUCAUAUACCAGCAUGUGUAUGGGUGUAUGUGGGGGAGGGAAUUCUGCCAUGUACAUUUAAAUUAAUUUGAAAUGUGUCAUUGAGAUAGACAGUUUUGUUGUAAACACUGUCCAGUCCGCUCAGUUUUCCCAGAUUACACUAAAAUAAUUGAGUAAUAGCCCACUGAACAUCUUUACCAACCCUGUUGUGGUCAAACACAAAAAAGAAGAAGAAGAAAGAAGAAGAAGCAAAGCCAGAGAGGCUUAAAUUAUGGUGCUAACUGUUUGAGUCCAUCACAUAACUAUCACAUGGUGUAUCAUAAAAUGAGCGUGUUAUGGCAGGAAUUUGUGGCGGGACUGUACCUCAAAACACAAACACAAAGCUAGAAUCAAAACGCCUUAAACUGAUCAUACCAGACGGUUGCUGUUCAAGACAAGAAAAAAAAGAUUAAUGAGAAGGUGAAGACAAUUUCAUUAUGUUGUUGUUGCUAAAAUAAAUAGCAAUGUGUUUACCUGA